CGAUGUUAUUUGAUCUCUCCCCCAGCUCCAGCCUCUCUGAAUCUGGAUCCGAACACAGCGAAUCCCUGGCUCAUCCUGUCUGAGGACCGGACCAGUGUGAGACUCGGAGACACAGAGCAGCCGUUCCCUGACUCCCCGGAGAGAUUUGAUUCCUGGACCUGUGUCCUGGGAUCAGAGGAAUUCACAUCAGGGAGACAUUACUGGGAGGUGGAGGUGGGGGAGAAGACGGAGUGGGGUCUGGGAGUGGCCCGAGAGUCUGUGGAGAGGAAAAGGGAGAUCAUCCCGAGCCCGGAGACCGGAUUCUGGAUUGUGGGGCUGUUUCCCGGAGAUGGAUAUUUUGCCGCCACCUCCCGCUCACUGACCCCCUUCUCCCCGAGUGUGAAUCCCUGGAAGAUCGGGGUUUUCCUGGACUAUGAGGGUGGACAGGUGUCAUUUUACAAUGCGGACACCAUGUCCCAUCUCCACACUUUCACCCACACUUUCACUGAGGGGGUCUUUCCCUUCUUCUGUCCGGGAUUGAAUGACGACGGGAAAAACUCCGCCCCGCUGACAAUCUGCGGGAUUAAAGGGCACUGACAGAUCCAUCCCAUAAUUUCACCCCGUCCCCCUGCUUCCUGACAGCUGUAAACUGAUGGGGGUCGGUCUCAGUCUGGGGUAGACAAGAAACAAACAGAAGCUCAAUUGUAGAGAGGGACUGACUGGGUAGAGUGAGCUGUGAGCUGCAGGAACCCCGGGACCUUCCUGCCUGUAAUGUUGCUCCACAGGCGGGAGGUGGCGCUACAUGACGGUGCUGGGGAUGUGUCAGUCAGUGAUUCUCAGAAUGGGCUCAGGGGAGUCUUUCCAAGGGGAACACCAAAUCAUUUCACUGCAGGGUCAGUGGAGUCUUUCCUGGGGGCGACCAAAUCAUAUGCCUGCGGGGUUAGUGGGGUCUUUCCAGGGGGACUGGGCUCAGUCAAAAUAAAUAUGUCAGACUGAUCUUCUUUCGACUUCCAUCAUGUGUCAGUAAUGUACAUGAAUUAGUAACAUCGCGAAACUGAUCUUGUUUUGCUCAGGUUUGUAACUAUUGUCCAGAAUGUUGCUGCUCUUUCAUAAAAUUGGAAAAUUUGAAAA